AAUAAUUUCUCAUUUGUAAUUUGGCUGGCGGCGUGCGCGGAUCGGUUUGGAAUUCGAGUUCGAAUUCGUUUAGGAUUUCGAUUUGGAGACUUAGAACCCAGCCCAGUUUGCGAGUUCGACUUCGAGUGCGAGAUCGAGUUCGAAAAUCACUACUGACCCAACAGUAACAGUAAACCAACCAAUUCACAUUCCCCUCUGCAUCUUCGCCUUCGCAAUUGCGCGUGCGCCAAGGAAAACUGCAGAGCCGAUACAGAAACCGCCGAUAGCCGAAAGAGCGGUAAAAAGCGUAGAGCCGAGUGCGCGUUUGUUGGUAUUAAGGAUCCGCCGUUGUCCUUAAACCCGUAACCGUGGCGAAGGAACUGGCCAGCUUGUUGACGCAGCCACAAAACAGUCCCGAGAUGACGCAACAGCCGCAGUGGGGCAUAAGCCUCUCGAGGUGUAAGUGUGCCACAUCCCAGUGCUAUCACCCCACCACCAUCGUCACUCCAUCAUCAUCGCCAUCAUCAUCACCAUCACGAUCACCAUCAUCAUCAAAUGGCCAUAAGGAAGUGCCGCGUGCGCCGCGUGCGGAGUAUUCAGAAUGCGGAUUGUGUGGAUCGUUGAACCUGCGAUCGUGAGGGGCCUUUUCGAGUGGUAGUGCUCGCCUAAAGUUAACCGACAUUGACCAAACAAACAGAUAUAAAAAACAGACAUAAAACCCAUAUGAAUUGUGCAUAAAUGAAAACAAUGACAAACGCCUCUGCCACUUCCGAUUUGUUUCAAAUCUUCUGCGCCUCGCGUCUCGCAUUUCACGUUUGUUUGGGUGUCUACAAAUUGAAAUUCCCGGCAUGCGUUCACAUAAUAUUGAUUUCGUGAUACCCCAGCGAGUGAUCCUGGCCAUCAUGGGCUUCCUGGCCAUCCUGAAUGCCUACACGAUGCGCGUCUGUCUUUCGCAGGCCAUCACCGUACUGGUGGUCAAGAAGAACUCCUCGGACGACGAUUCUGAAGCGAUCUGCCCAGCCGAUGACCUCGACGUGGGAUCCGCUCCUGGUGGCAACUUUGAAUGGUCCGAGGAGCUGCAAGGCUUGAUCCUGUCCUCCUUCUACAUCGGUUACAUUGUCACCCACAUUCCCGGCGGCCUGCUGGCCGAGAAGUUCGGUGGCAAAUGGACUCUGGGUCUUGGCAUUCUGUCCACCGCCGUGUUCACCCUCCUGACGCCCUUGGCCAUCCACAAGGGUGAUUCCGACUGGCUGAUUGUGACCCGAGUUCUGAUGGGUCUGGGCGAGGGAACCACCUUUCCCGCUUUGAGUGUCCUGCUGGCUGCUUGGGUUCCGGCCAACGAACGUGGAAAGCUGGGUGCUCUGGUGCUGGGUGGUGGUCAAGUGGGCACUAUCAUGGGCAACAUGUUGUCGGGAGUCUUUAUAGACGCCUAUGGUUGGGAGUUUGUGUUCUACUUCUUCGGCGGCCUAGGUGUUGUCUGGUUUGCCAUCUUUAUCUUCCUCUGCUACAGCGAUCCCACUUCGCAUCCCUUCAUCAAGCCCAGCGAGCGCGAGUAUCUGGUCAAGGAGAUCGGCACCAUUAGCCGCAACGAGGACCUGCCCCCCACUCCCUGGAAGGCGAUCCUCACCAACCUGCCCAUGUUUGCCCUGGUGGCAGCCCAGAUUGGUCACGAUUGGGGCUUCUACAUCAUGGUGACGGAUCUGCCCAAGUACAUGGCCGACGUGCUCCAGUUCUCGAUCAAGGCCAACGGUCUGUACUCCUCGCUGCCCUACAUCAUGAUGUGGAUCGUGUCCGUGGGCAGUGGCUUUGUGGCCGAUUGGAUGAUCCGCUCUGGCCUGAUGAGCACCACGAACACUCGCAAGGUGAUGACGGGUCUGGCCGCCUUCGGACCCGCCAUCUUCAUGGUGGGCGCCUCCUACGCCGGCUGCGAUCGAGUCCUCGUCGUGGUGCUCUUCACCAUCUGCAUGGGCCUGAUGGGCGCCUACUAUGCGGGCAUGAAGCUGAGUCCCCUGGACAUGAGUCCGAACUACGCCGGAACGCUCAUGGCCAUCACAAACGGAAUUGGAGCAAUCACCGGAGUGAUUACGCCGUACCUGGUGGGCGUGAUGACACCAAAUGCCUCGUUGCUGGAGUGGCGUCUUGUGUUCUGGGUGGCCUUCGGUGUGCUGUGCAUCACUGCCGUGAUCUACUGCAUCUGGGCAUCCGGAGAGGUGCAGCCGUUCAACAACGCCCCCAUCCAGCCGCGUUCCGUGGACUUUGAGGCACAGGAGCGCAAGGUGGAUGGUGAAAAGUCGAAGGGUCUGGAGCAGAGCUCCUAAGGCGGAUCGCCCAAACAAGUGCCAUACAUAUAUGUAUACAUUGUAAUCUAGUUAAAGCGCUGUCUACGCGGACUCGUGACUCGUGUUUCGUGAUCCGUGAGCUGGGAACCACUCGGAGUUCCCAAGAGCAGUGUCAUGCCGUACACGCAGUGGCUGUUGUUCAAAUUGCUAGUUUUAUAGUAUUCCCGAUCUGGCCGAUCCCUGGCCCAAGCGCCAACUAACUAAUUUAAGCGAAUUUACUUACACUCCCGAACGUGCGCAGUGUACCAUGUGUAUCCCUUUCUUUUAGCUAGGAUAGCCCUUAGCCUAAUCCAUAUCCCAAUCCUAAUUCAAGACUAUCCCCCUUCGCCGCGCACGCAACGUACUCUCUUAAUUAUUAUUUAGUUUUUAAAUAAACAGCGAUUUCACAUUAAGGAUUUCGUGUAACAGAGCUCGUAUUGCCGUAUUGUAAAUCAAAUGAUGAAAUUUGUACAUUUUAUAUUGUUGAUCAAUGUGUAAAGUGAAGCGUGUUUUUAGCUGUUCUGUUAAGACAUUACUGUUUUUAUGAUGUUAGUCAAAUAAAGUGUAUAAAGCAAAUUAAAACUAUAA